AUGUCAUCAAUACUCAGUGGAUUGCGACAUCGACAGGAGCCAUCAACACAUCAACAUUCAUGGAAGAUAAGCCAAACCAUCCCGACUCCCGCAAGGUCUAGGGAAGAGGAAAUACAGAUACCAGACCCAGCGAUUUUUAGAGGAAUUUCUAUUCCUCCCAGUCACACAUUCAGUGCUUCCGAUGUCUCGGACAUCGAGAAAGUCGACAUUCUAUACCCAUCGACGAAUCACCUAGCAAUGCAUCUAUGCCUCAUUGAAUGUUUCUAUAAGCUACAGAACGACGUUAUGCAUUCCAAGGACUUAGACGCUGUUAUUGGACCAACUGCGAGCCAUCCUGUCUCAAUAGAAAACCCCCAAGGCUCCAAAGCACUCCCUACGGCUGCAGAUGCGGAGAUGGUUCGUACAAGCCAGAUGAGGAAAUGGGAACUAUUCGUAAAAGCAGCCGUUGGCCGUUUUAAUAUUUGGUGGCAAAAUGUCGACAAGGCAAUACGACAUGCAAAAGCAUACACAACCCCUGGUCCAGCGCAGCAGGACACUACUACUCUCUCUAAAAACUAUCUUCCUCCAUUAGAUGUGCUGCUAGUGUGGUACAGCUACAUCAUCCACCCUUCCUACCCCUCAGACUGUGUGGAGUUUGGUAAACAAACCGCAUAUAUGCUUUCGAAUAUGUUUACGACCAUGUCAUCACAGUCGGUGGACCUUCUUUCUUGUCUUGCGUCCCCACCCCCGUACACCGCGUCGGUGGGCGCCCAGUGCUCAGUUGAUCUUGAGCAUGCAGUGAUGAUGCAAGACAGCUUUAUUCAUGACACACAUCAGCUUCUCUGGCUCCGCUCACCAGCAUGCUCAGGAUCAUUGAGCCGCUGCGUGGAGAGAUAUACAAAGUUUCUCCUUCUCGUACAGCUACAUCCAGACAGACGUACGAGUUUGACACCAACUUGGGAUAUUGAACUCGCCUUGAGAACCCAUCAGCUUUAUGCAGACAACUUUCACACGUUCGCCAGCCGACCUUCUAGUGGAGACUUGAGCUACGAAAAAGUUCCAAGGCCCUCGGAGACCAAAGAAACUAUGGCAAAUAAUAUAACAGACACCACCACUGCUGAUCUAUGGAAGAAGCAGUUUGCAGAGCCAUAUACCUGUUGUCUCUGUUGGGCUUGCGAGUGUAUCAAGGAUGCCCAUGGCAGAAGUGGAAUGGAGGCAUCUACGGAAGGUCUCUCCCGAGAGCGUAUAAAAGAAAUCCAAAAGACGCUCCAUUUCUACGCUUCCGUGGAACGCGCACGAGAGUCUGGACAGCGGCUCCCGGCUUCUCGUCAGGCCAAGAAGAAGGAGGAAAAGUGGGAACUAGACUGGGGUCACGGUUGGCGGGAAGUGGUUGUCAAAGGUAAAUUUGACGAGAAUGGAAAUAUUGUUAAGAAGGUUGUGAGAGAGAAGCCGUACACUUCGCAGAUUAACUGGAUGCUGGGAGCUACGUAA